UUCUCUGCAAGCAAGGAACUUCAAGAAACGAAGACGCUCGCCAAUCGUCAGCGAGCUUAACCCCCACCCACCCCCCAGUCUCUGCUGGAGCGUCAGGCUCUCUUCUGUCCUGCUGUCCGCCCGAUGUCGGAUCCGGUGGAGGUCAGCAUCGAGUACUGCACCUCGAAUGGCUUCAGCACCACAUACAAGGUCGAGAAAUAUCCCCAAGUGUGCGACGCAGUAACGGUGAGUGCAUGAGAGGGGGGGACGACAGGACAGAGGGCUGCAUGGCGGGUGUGUUUUGGGUGUGGUGUGGUCAGGGGGCCCUCUACGACGAGCUGGGGGAGGUCUCAAUCAAGAUCAAUGAAGGUGGGGCUGGCGAGUGGCUUCCCUGCAUGUGUCAUCUCAUCUUUGGUGUGCUUGUCCAGUGCCCAGCGGAUGGAAGCCGUACUUCAACAUGGAGAGCAUCUACUUCAAGCGCCAAGCAGACGGGUCACCCACACUGUGGUCGUAAGUCCCGACAAGGCUACAUACACGCCGUCAUGGGCCGGGAGGUCAAUGGCGCGUCGUUUCUCCCUGUCAGCUUCCCAAGGCGUGGUUCGUUUGAAGUCAGCGUCAAGUCUGGCAACGUCUCACGGGUCAGUCAGCCUGGAAGAGGAAAGGGGAAAUUAUCACACACACUGCCGCUUCCUCUUCUUGCCUGUCUACUUGUCUGUCACAUCAUGUCAUGCAGGAGAUGUUCUCGAAGCUCAAGUCAGGCACCUGGCCUAACGUGUCCAAACUCGCAAAGGAGAUAGCCAAGGUGGGGCUCAGAGGGACGUGGCGCGUGUAAGGCGAUUGUGUAUGUCGUUCACAAUGGUCAGUUUGCCGAGGAGCCGACCAAGUACACUCCUCCUGAUGCCUCGCCGGGCGGCAAGAACGGCCAAGCAGGAAGGGCACCAUCACCCGUAAGGCAUUUCUGGUGUCUUGAAGCCUCUCUUGAUCACCAUUGUUGCGAGGUGUCUCUGUUGGUUUGUUAGGACCAUACCCAGUCACCAGGACCUCGCCCUCGGCCCCCCAGGCAGAGAGCCGACAGCCCCCGUGGCACAUCCAGAAUGCCCGAGGCUUUCGCCAUGUCGCCCUACUACUCGCCAAGGUCGCCACCCCAAAAACGCCCCGGCCAGCGGGCCAAGUCCCCCGGACCGGCCGCCAAGCGCAAGGUGUCCAAAGAGAGACGGGAGGAGGUGGAGCAGGAACCAAAACCGCCUGUGACGUUCGGUGAAGACAAAAAGGUGCGCCACAUGGAGGACAUUUCAGGCUUUUGGACACGCAAGAAAGCCUCAUUCUCUUACCGUCAGGAGAACGUGGUGGAGGAGCGGCCACCAAAACCGUCUGAGGACCCUCAGCGUCGCGAGAUGGUGGAGGAGCCUGCCCCGCCUGCCCCGCCCCCUCGCGAGCCCGUUGUGGUGCCGACCGUCAUUGUGCCAACGGUGCCCAAGGAGGAGGGCCCACCCGAGCAGCAGGAGGAGGCAAUGGUUGUGGAGGAGAAGGAAGAGCCGAAAGAGGAUGUCGUCAUGGUGCCAUCGGAGACCAAGUCAGAGAGGUACGACGAGGAGACCUUCGAGGCGCCCGAGGAGGAAGAGGACAAGAAGACCGCCGAGGAGCCGCCGGCAGAGGUCAAGAGCGAGGCGCCCGUCUCUGAGAUCCCUGAGGAAGAGGAGCCACGGACAGUUCCAGAGCACAAAGAGGAGCCGCCCGAGGAGGAAAAGGAGACAGAGAAAGACGAGGGUAAGUGAAUGUCUUGCAAUUCUGUCAUAUACAGCUUGGUCCCUCCUCAAAUGUCUGACGUGUGCAGCUGAGGUGAAGGAGCCCUCCGUCGUCGGGGAGGAGCAGCCGGCACCAGUGGAGGAGAAGGAGGAAAAGCCCGUGCCAGAGGAGGUCAAGUCGGACGAGGGCUACCAACCCGACUUCGAAGACCAACAGGAGGGACAAGCAGACACGUACUGCAUCGAACACACACAUACACCUGCACAGGUUGUGCUGUCAUGCCUGGUUUUGUGUGUGCUUCCAGCGCCCCCCCUGCGCCCGUUGAAGACUUCGCUGGCAAGACAGAGCCGCCUGUCGUUGAAGCUGUCGAGGUUGUCCAGGAGGCCAAGGAGGAGGACAAGACAGCUGAGAUGCCGCUGGUGGAGGAAACAGUCGGGGAGGGAGGGGAGGCAAAGGAGGAGAUGCCCGUCGAGGAAGAGGCCGCCAAGCCGGAAGUAACCGAGGACACAGUUGAAGCACCCGCACAACAAGAAGAGGUUGGUGCAUCCACCACCAGAGCAAUAGCGCUCACCCAUCUCGAUGUCACUGUGUCCUUGCUCUGUCACACAUCGACACGUGCAGGCUCCUCCACCCCGAGAGCCUGACGCCACGCCAGUGGCCCCACAUGUCGAAGAAACGUCGCCCGAGCACCGUCACCCACCGACAGAGACCAAGGAGGAGGAACCUGUCGCUGGUCAGGAGGCCCCUGUGGCCGCCGUUGAGGUCAGUGAAGAGGUCCCGGCACCUGUUGAGGAGCAGAAGGAGGCCGUUCCGACCGAGACACAGCAGGAGCCCCCACUCGAGGAGCCUGCCAAAGUCGAGGAAGAAGCCGCUCCUGUGGAGGAGGUGAAAGAAGAGGCCCCACCCGCCAUCGUUGAGGAGGGCAAGGAAGAGCCCCCGGCUGAGACGAAGGGGGAAGAGAACGCCGAGGCUCUUGAGGAGGCCCCACCUGCUCCUGCGGCUGAGGAGGCCGUGGAGGCAUCCGAGCAGCCCAAGGAAGAGCCUCCAACCGAGGACGGAGAGGUGGCCGAGCCCGCAGCGCCACAGGAGGAGGCCCCUGCUGCUGAAGUGCCGGAGGCGCCUGCCGAGGAGCAGAAGGAGGCUGAGCAGGUCGAAACACAGGCUCAGCCGGCCACUGUGGCUGUGGAAGAGGCUGCCCCUGUCGAGGAAGCCAAGGAAGAGGCGGCCAAGGAAGAGGCGACCAAGGAAGAGGCGGCGGAGGUCACAGAAGAGAAGGUCGAGGAGGCUCCAGCGGCUGAGCCCGAGGCAAAGGAGGAAGUCGCAGAGAAGAAAGUUGAGGAGGCCCCGGCGGCUGAGGCCGAGACAAAGGAGGAAGAGAAGGCCGAGGCUGUUGAAGAGGCCCCGGCCGAGGCAGAAGAAGAGCCAAAGAAAGAGGAAGAGGUGCGCCAAAGGAUCCGUAGAUGAUCCACACAUGCAGGUACGGUACAUGGUCUGGGUGUGUGUGUGCCUAUCUUGUGGCUGCAGAAGCAUCCGCUGAUGGAGCCCUCUAAAACCUAUGACCUGAAGCUGGCGGUGGGGCAGGGCAAGAACCAGCGACUCACGUACACCAAUACCACGGGAGAGGACCAGGUACGGCAGAUAGACACCAAAGAAUGAGGGCUUGGAAGCAGCUGCCGCUGUCACGUAAAUGCCUGGUCUGGUCUGGUGUCGUUCAUUGCUUCCAACCUUUAGCUGUACCACCUUCGGUCGAGCGACCCCACAUUGAUGACGUUGAAGCAGGAUGAAGUCGCCAUACCCAAUGGUAGGUAGGGACACACGGAGUACCAGGAAGAUUCACACACCCAUUCUCAGCACUAUAUACCAGCUACACUUGUGCCUGCUGUGUGCCCUGUCUGUCAUUGACUUGACGAGGCACGACUGGCAAGUUCUCGAUUCGUUUCAAGGAGGUGAGACAGACAAGCUUGACACUGUGACCCCGCAAUGAUGCCACUGCAUCUCUCUUGCUGUCUGUCAGCUGGACCAUGCGUGUGAGAAGACCUUCUACCUCUACGUGGAGGACGAGAACCUCGCCAUCCUCGACUGCAUCGCCGUCAGUGUCACCUACAUCGAAACUGACCAGCCGCCGCGAACCACCCCCCCGCCAGACGAGGGCGAGCAGGAGGGUGCCAAGGCUGCCAAGGCUGAAGAGCCCGAGACACCUGUGCCUCAACCCGAGUCAGGGGCAACGAGUGUGGCUGUGACUCGUGUGCAGUCGAGGCACCCGACUGUCGCUGUCGUGCCUGAGGUGGAGGGGCAGGACGAAGGGGAGGGCAAAGCCGAGACGGGCGAGGAAAAGGCCCAGGAGGCUGAAAUGGUACGAAUGGAUGGAUGGAUGGAUGGAUGGAGGAUGCAGUCGAUUCCUUGUGACGCGUGUCUCUGUGUUGUAUGGGUGCGCACAGGGUGGUGGUGAGGCUGGGGAGGGGACUCAUCCUGAGAUCGAGCCGUCCAAGUCCUACGACCUUCGGUUGGCCGUCGGGCAGAAGAAGAACCAGAAACUCACCUACACCAACAUGACGGGGGAGGACCAGGUGAGGUUAAGAGAUGGACGCAAGAAUGUACAGCCACAUCCAAACAAGAAAGCACUGUACACGGUGUGAUAGGUGUAUCAUCUCCGCACGAGCCAUCCUGCCUUCAUGGUGCUCAAGGAGGACAAGGUGCCCAUCGCCGCUGCCGCCACGGGCAAAUUCGCCAUCCUCUUCAAAGAGGUCAUUCGGCCGCCAGCUGUCCCACCAUCCACAGGGAUGGAUGUCCAUGUGUGUGUGUGCAGGUGUCGGAGGCGUGUGAGAAGAGCUACUACUUGUAUGUUGACGACAGCGACAACAACCUCAUCGAGUGCAUCCAGAUCAACAUCAUAUACAUCGCCCACGGGCUCAAUCCUUCACCCACGAGUCUGAGGGACUGACUGACUGACUGACUGACUCCACGCACAUCCGCCGCACUUCACGCUGAGUCCACCCACACAUGCACCCAUACGAACACAGUACACCCCUGCACGAGUGUUCCGAUGUUGGCGUUCCGUCGCUCUGCCACUGAAGUCAUCUUUGUUUGCUGAGAAGGGAAUGGGGGCAAUACACUCAAGGGGGAAAAGGACUGUCUGUACUGGCUGCUGAAGGCCACAGGUGAAGUGGGCGCACACCAGGAUUGUUGCCUUGCGUUCUACCCACGCAGAGCGCCCAAAAGGGCCUUGAUCCAUCCAUCCAUCGCUUUGCUUUACGGUGUCCCGGUUGUCUGGCUUGUCGACGAGGGCAAUGUGCGUGAGACAUGGGCGAUUGCUACGGGUGGAUGGGGAAAGGCACUCGACUGCAUGGGGAGGGUGGGACACUGAAGAAUGAAGACUUUGCGUACCGGCAACACACGAAUCGACGAUAACAAUUCAG